CACCUGGAAGCAGUAGUAUUACAACAGUCUGUCUUGACAGACAGCGCAGUACUGAGCCGCUUAAGGAAGGACUUUCUGGUAGAGGAGUAACAGUAUUCACUGUAAACCAGUGAAACCAUAGUCUCCAUGGUUGGAUUAGUUUGAGGAAUGUGGCGCGGAAGCUAGCAACGUUAAAAAGGUGCUGCUUGGUCUCUGGGUCACUGUCUCUCCUGUCUCCUCCCCUGGCUCCUAACCCUUCUGGCGUUUGCUCUGGCAAGCAGCACAGCCCAGAGUCACUUAGUAUUUUAAGGCUGAAACAGUGCUGAAAUCAUCAUCACUGCUCUCCUCUGUCAUCCAUCUCAAUGGGAAGUGAAAUACGUGACUGACUACUGUGGGGACCCUCCCUGCUGUUCGCCUCUUGACCUUUGAUCUGGGACCUGUGUGAACCUGUGUUCUGUCCUCAAGGUGACACUGCUCUGAAUAACUUUUUGGAGACAUUGUGGAGACAUUUUUGGAAACGUUCUGAAAACAUUGUUGACACAGUGUUAGGCCUCACCUAGUUGUUGAUGUUUCGAUGCAAGCUGUCCGUUUGAGACUGAUAAAAGUUUUUUUUUAAAGUCUAUUGAAACUGACAACCUAAGCCAUAUCUCCUGGUUUGAGAGCACACUUUCUGAAAUAUCACACACAUCUCAAGUUUCCUGUAUCUUGGUCCUGGAGGCUGAAGCUUGUGUCACCAUGGCGACGGAUUCUCCCAACCCCUCCCUGAGGUCCAGAGUUACCAUGACGAUGGACAACGACUCCUACAUGAGCAUGUCCAGCCUCCCCUGCUGCCACUUCCUGUCAGCUAACAUCAUCAACGUGGUGGAGAAAUGCAUGAGCUCCAUGCAGACAGGGACCCAGAUGGUGAAGCUCCGCGGCGGGUCCAGAGGACUGGUGCGCUACUUUUACCUGGACCAACACAAGUCCUGCAUCCGCUGGCGGCCCUCGCGCAAGAACGAGAAGGCCAAGAUCUCCAUCGACUCCAUCCGAGAGGUGUGCGAGGGUAAGCAGUCGGAGAUCUUCCAGCGCUACUCUGAUGGCAGCUUUGAUCCCAACUGCUGUUUCAGCCUGUACUAUGGAGAGCGCUUGGAGUCCCUGGACUUGGUUUCCAGUACGGGCGAGGAAGCACGCACCUGGAUCACCGGCCUCAAGUACCUGGUGGCAGGCAUCAGCGACGAGGACAGCCUGGCCAAGAGGCAGCGCACCCGCGACCAGUGGCUGAAGCAGACGUUUGCUGAGGCGGAUAAGAACGGCGAUGGAAGCCUGAGCAUCGGCGAGGUCCUGCACCUCCUACACAAGCUGAACGUCAACCUGCCCCGCCAGAAAGUCAAGCAAAUGUUUAAGGAGGCAGACACUGACGACAACCAGGGCACCCUGGGCUUUGAGGAGUUUUGUUCUUUCUACAAGAUGAUGUCGACACGCCGUGACCUCUACCUGCUCAUGCUCACCUACAGCAACCACAUGGACCACCUUGACACCAGCAACCUGGCCCGCUUCCUGGAGCUGGACCAGAAGAUGACGAAGGUGACCAAAGACCAUUGCCUUGAGAUUGUGAACAAAUUUGAGCCAUGCCCCGAGAACCAGAUGCAGGGGGUUCUGGGUAUUGAUGGUUUCACCAGCUACAUGCGCAGCCCGGCGGGGGACAUCUUCAACCCAGAGCACAACGUGGUGACCCAGGACAUGUCUCAGCCGCUCUGCAACUACUUCAUCGCCUCGUCCCACAACACCUACCUGAUGGGGGACCAGCUCAUGUCCCAGUCCCGCCUCGACAUGUACGCCUGGGUGCUGCAGGCCGGCUGCCGCUGCGUGGAAGUGGACUGCUGGGACGGGCAGGACGGCGACCCUAUCGUGCACCACGGCUAUACGCUCACCUCCAAGAUCCUCUUCAAAGACGUCAUCGAGACCAUCAACAAGUACGCCUUUGUGAGAAACGACUACCCAGUGAUCCUGUCCCUUGAGAACCACUGCAGCGUCCCCCAGCAGAAGAAGAUGGCUCAGUACCUGGUGGAGGUGAUGGGAGACAAACUGGACCUCUCGGCCAUCAAGGCAGAUGAACGGGGCCGCCUGCCGUCCCCAGACACCCUCAAAGGGAAGAUACUCAUCAAGGGAAAGAAGCUCCCAUCGAACAUCGACGAAGACAACGAAGAGGGUGACGUGACGGAUGAAGACAGUGCUGACGAGAUGGAGGAUGACUGCAAACUGAUAAAUGGCGCCACGUCCAUGACCAGGAAGCAGGUGGAGAACGUGGCUAAGAAGAAGCUGGACAACCUGAUGAAGGAGUCUAAGAUCCGUGACCAGGAGGACCCCGACAGCUUCACCAUCGCUGCUCAGCCCCCCUCGGGAAAGACCACCAACAAGUCACCCUCCAAGGGUAAAGGUGAUGAUGGUGCAGAAAUAGGGGACGAAGCCAACCCCAGCACGAACAAGCGUCUGGGUAGGACCUUCAUGGGCAGCUUCUCUAAACGCAAGAAAAAGGCUGUCAAGCUGAAGAAGACCAACAGCCUUGAAGACACCGACACAGACCAGGAGAGCACCAGCAGCACCUCCCGCGUCCCCCUGCAUCACAGCAGGAAGAAGACCAUGAAGCUGACCAGGGCUCUGUCAGACCUGGUCAAAUACACCAAGUCAGUGGGCGUCUCCGACAUAGAGAAACAAGCCGCCAGCUUCAGUUGGCAGGUGUCUUCUCUGAGCGAGACCAAGGCCCACCAGAUCAUGCAGCAGAAAGCCGCCACCUUCAUCCACUUCAACCAGCGGCAGCUCUCGCGCGUCUACCCCUCCUCCUACCGUGUGGACUCUUCCAACUUCAAUCCCCAGCCCUUCUGGAAUGCUGGAUGCCACCUGGUGGCGUUGAACUACCAGUCAGAGGGGAGAGUGCUCCAGCUGAACAGAGCCAAGUUCAACAGCAACGGCAACUGUGGCUACAUCCUGAAGCCGGCCUGUAUGUGUGAAGGUGCCUUUAACCCCAUGAUAGAGGAUCCAUUUCCAGGGCAGAUGAAGAAACAACUGGUGCUGAAGAUCAUCAGUGGGCAACAGCUGCCAAAGCCCAAAGACUCUAUGCUGGGGGACCGAGGAGAGAUUAUUGACCCCUUUGUGGAGGUGGAGAUCAUUGGUCUACCAGUGGACUGCUGUAAGGAACAGACCAGGGUGGUGGAUGACAAUGGCUUUAACCCCAUGUGGGAGGAGACGCUGGUGUUCACGCUGCACAUGCCCGAGCUGGCGCUGGUACGUUUCCUGGUGUGGGACCACGACCCCAUCGGCCAGGACUUCAUUGGCCAGCGCACCAUUGCCUUCAACAGCAUGAUACCAGGUUAUCGUCACGUGUAUUUGGAAGGUAUGGAGGCGGCCUCCAUCUUUGUUCAUGUGUCUGUACAUGACAUCACUGGUAAGGGCAAGGUGACCAGCGGCAUCAAAGGGCUGUUUCACAGAAACCCAAAGCAGGCUUCUCUCGACAGCCAUGCUGCUGCACAGCUUAGCCAUAAGCACACGUUCGGCGCCCACCUGCUGCGCCGCACGGCCAGCGCGCCCACCAAGGUCCUGCCCAAGGUCAAGAAGGGUUUCCCCGAGAUCGCCAUCGACACCAAAGACUACCGCUCAGAAGGCACCAGCGAGGACCGGGAGUUAGAGGACAGCCACCUCAUUGCUUCCUCCCAGCCCCCGCUGCUCCACCAGGGCACCUGGGAUACUACGGCCGCCGUUGCCCCCGCCGCAUCACGCCAAGGCACCAACAGGCACCACGGCACCAACGAGGCUUUCCUCCCCGACGAGGGCAAAGACCAUUCCACAGUGCAGAGACCAGCUCCCCCUAUUCGACUGCUCGCACCAAUCUCUGAUGAACUGGGGGACCGCCAUCUCACUCACUCCUCUUCCACUCCAGCAGACCACUCAUCCACGCGUCACUCCCCACGUCUACCGCUCCCUAUAUCCACAGCAAUCACCAUCUUCACCUCAUCCCCGGCUUCUAAGUGUGAGGCGGACAGUCCUGUCAACGGUAGGGGGGAGGAGGGUCCCGUCAAUGGUAGGGUGGACAACAAGAGACCACCUGCCCAUCACAGUACUACCUCGGCCCCUGUGACACAUGACCCCAAAGACCUGAAACCCUCACAGUACAGCAGAGACCCCCGGGUCGAUGAUGGCACCUCGUCACUCAUGGAGCACUCUCCAAGCCGAGCGGAAGCACCGUAUACUCAGUCAGGCCACACAAAGGACGAUGCCGAGCUUAAGACUGAGCCAACUGCAGAGUCCCCUGUUGCUCUCGCCUACCCCUCUGUAUACGCCAGCCCUCUGAAAGUCCAGUCCCUGAGAGCUCUGUUUGGCAGCAGCCCGUUGAACACGCCUGUCAGAAUGACCAAAAUCGAGGACCACGUGCAGGCGGUGGCUGGGGAGCAGCAGCAGUCAUCAGCCAUGCCAGAGGUGUGCAUCGACGCCACCCUGAACGACCGGCUGUGGAGCAAGCUGGAGCCCAAGCCAGGCAGCCACAGAGACAGCGUGUCCUCAUCCUCCAGCAUAUCGUCCAACGACACCGUCAUUGACCUGUCCCUGCCCAAUCUGGCCAGGAAGAGCCUCACCUGUCUGAGCAACGGAACCUCCCCAGGCGACAACAUCUUCCCGGACCCACCCUCCUGGGUCAACCGGCCACGCUCUGCCAUAGCCUCCUUCGAGACGCUGCAGGUCAGCAAGUCCAACCCCAAUCUCCUGCAGGGCCACCUGGGGGAACCAGAAGACGAACUGCAGCCCAGGCCCCUCGGCGCCCCCAGGGAGCCUCCAGUGGACUCACCCAGCAGAAUAACCCAGAGGAGGCACACCUGGAGCCGCCUCUACAUGGAAGGGCUGAAGCAUUCCUCCCCUCCAGCCAAGAAGCCCUCUGCUGCAGCAGCCCUUGCUGCUGCCGCCACCAGCCCCCUGGAUACCGUGGCCUCUAUGUCUAAGAGCCUGGGGGACUUGACGUCGGAUGACAUUGCCUGCAACUUUGACAGCAAGUACCGCAGCAUCACCCGCAGCUUCAUCAUUAGGCCUUCCCGGAACGACCUGAGGCAGGGUUACCCUAACCAUAAUCCCCAGAGGCCCCGGCCGCCCAGCUACUUAACUGAGCAGCUGAGGAGGCUGACCGACGUGGAGCCCCUGACAGCUCACGACUUCGCCCCCCAGGUACCCCUGGAGGAGCCUCAGGAGGAGCCCCUGCUACGGAGGACGUCGUCCCGGAGCCAGAGCAGGGUGCGCUACAUCGCCAACAGGGCCAAGCAGGCCCAAGAGAGGCAGAGGCUGCAGGGUCUCAACCAGUCCCACCCUGCUACUGGUGCUGCUAAUGCUAGCAUUAGCGGUGGCGGUAGCCCCAUGGAGGAGCGGGGGAACCCGGAGGGGGCGUGCUGCGUAGCCCAGAGCCCCUGCACAAGCCUGGACCUGCUGAGCCAGCUCAGCCCCCCAGGGCCCCCCAACAGACUGUCCCAGACCUCCCUGAACUCUGACAACAACGAGGUCUUUUUCAUGCUCAAGCUCUGAGAAUCAGACUUGUUUUGGAACUGAGCGUGAGAGAGACACUGAAGCAUAACUCAUUUAAAAUUCCAUCCAGCUUUCUAGGAAGGUAAAUUGUAAUUUUUAAAGAAAUGACAUUCUGUAUAUCUUGAUAGGAUGUGUUUCUAAAUGUAUUUAAUCAAGCAGAAUAAUGCUACUUCCAGACAGUCACAAGCACAGUUUUACUCUGGUCAAUGUGUUCACUGCUCAGUAACUCACAUCAACUAUGAACACCUAUACACAGCAAAUGCCUAGCUGGUCACAAAGGAUGGACUAGUCAUUUUUACUACAAUGGUCACAACAAACACCAAAUAAUUGCUCAGAAAUAAUAGAAACAGCAAUGAGUUGUCUAAUGAAAGCAUCCUUUACCAAUGCACUCAUUUGUUUGCACCAAAUGAGGAACGUUGGAAUGUGAUUGGAAAAGCAAUGCCUGCCUGACUGUCUAGGUAAACCAUGACUUCCAUGUUUGUAUAUGCCUGACUGUCUAGGUAAACCAUGACUUCCAUGUUUGUAUAUGCCUGACUGUCUAGGUUCACAGUGACUUCCAUGUUUGUAUAUGCCUGACUGUCUAGGUUCACAGUGACUUCCAUGUUUGUAUAUGCCUGACUGUCUAGGUAAACCGUGACGUCCAUGUUUCUAUAUGCCUGACUGUCUAGGUACACAGUGACUUCCAAGUUGUUAUAUGCCUGACUGUCUAGGUUCAAAGACUUGUUAUGUUUUGAGUAUUCAUUGUGAGUUGAGCUGAUCCUAAAGUAGCAAUAGACAACCAUUAGUGGAGUUUUACUAUUCUAAAACCCUUUUUAAACUUCAAAUUUUAACGAUAUGUAUAUACUGUACUUUUAAAAUGUGUAGAGAUGUUCUGUUUUUUGUUUUUUUACAUAUUUAUUGAGCCAGUAGUUCUGAAAGUAGCGCUCAUGAGACAAAACUGGUCCCCGAAAAUUGCGUAUUACGACACGUGCAGAUAUGUGCAUCACGUCUUAGCUCUCUCUCUGCUGUGUGUGCAUCUUGCUAGCUGUCACUCAAAUGGCGAGGGGCUGAAGCUCAUUGGCUUGAACUUGAAUUGCUAGGGGGCUGACCCAUGUGGGGAAAAAUGUAGGGAAAAUGGCACCGCACACCUUCCAUCUUUGAAACUAGAGAUUUCGUGGCAAAUUUGAGGUUAGACAGUAAUUAUUCUCAUAGAUCAUGCAUGUAUGAUUUACAUGUUGACACAUCCAGCCCAAAGUGUGAGGUUUAUAAAAUACAUACUAGUCGCCAAAGUUCUUGAGCAUGACUUUUAAGAUUGAAUAAUACUGUGUUAACUCAUUAUAUAUCACCAGUAGCCCAAACGUGCUAGCAACAUUUUUAAACAACUUAAACAAGUGUAAUAUAUUGCAGAUUAUGGAUUUUUUUUUUUCAGAUUGUUGUUUAGUCAAUGUGGAGUCUUUACUGAAAAGAAUAAGAGAAAAUGGCAACAAUUAUUUUUUUUCCCUAAAAAGUCUUAAAUCCAACUUUAAAAAUUGUGAGUACAGUGAAGUGUGAUUUGAGUGAGCUGCCAGCGAUUUAGAAAACUGUUAUUUUAUUCUAGACAACACAGUGGGAAUGUUGUUUUUACCAUCAAGACUCUACUCCCGUUACCUGUUUUUUAUUUGACUGCAUGCUUUUUAAACACUUAUGUACGUCUCUCUUAUUUUAUUAUACAAAAACGUUUUUUAUAUGGGAACUGAUCUGUCGACGAGUUCUUGUCUUGCUCAGUGUUCAGGCUGUUGAAGCUUGAUUGGUUACACUGUCUUUGUAGAUACUCAACCAGAUAGCAUUGAUCCCAUAUCCAAGCAUGUUUAUUUGUUCUGUACUGUUUGCACUGCCAUGCCAGUUCUCUGCUAAACGUUAGGAAGAAUAUUGAAGUAAAAAACAGAUGUAAUUAUGAACUGAAUAAAGCUCCUGUAUAUUAAACAAGCUUAUUUUGUUAA